AGUCUUAAAGGGCUGCUGGUGCGGAGUGCGGAUUUUAAUCAACCAGCUGACAACUAUACAGUUUGUCAGGGGGACAAUGCAACGCUAAGUUGCUACAUAGACCAACAAGUGACACGCGUGGCCUGGUUGAACCGUUCCAACAUCCUUUACGCCGGCAACGACAAGUGGUCCAUCGACUCGCGGGUGCAGCUGCUGACCAACAGCGCCUCCGAAUUCAGCAUCGUCAUUACCAACGUGGACAUGUACGACGAAGGCCUCUACACCUGCUCCUUCCAGACGCAGGACAAGCCCCACACCUCUCAGGUGUAUCUCAUCGUUCACGUCGCAGCUCGGAUUGUGAACAUUUCGUCUGCUGUGACCGUUAACGAGGGAAGCAACGUGAACCUGCUCUGCCUAGCUGUGGGGAAACCAGAGCCCACAGUAACUUGGCGGCAGCUGAAAGAUGGAUUCACCAGCGAAGGAGAAUAUCUGGAGAUUACGGAGAUCAACAGACAGCAGGCCGGGGAAUAUGAGUGCAUCACGGCGAAUGGCGUCUCAUUACCAGACAGAAAACGUGUUCUUAUUACUGUCAAUUACCCUCCAACCAUCACAGAUGUAAAAGAUUCUCCAUCCUUGCUGGGGAAGCCAGCGCUGCUACGAUGCGAGGCCAUGGCUGUGCCGCCUGCUGAGUUUCAGUGGUUCAAGGAUGAUAAGCACAGAGUCACCGGCGGCUUGGACGGACUGCAGAUCCAGAACGAGCGAACUCGCUCCAUGCUGCUCUUCACCAACGUCACCACUCGGCACUACGGCAACUACACGUGCCUGGCUUCCAACAGUUUGGGCUCGUUCAAUGUCAGCUUACGGCUCAUCCGGCCAGGGGCUCUGGAAAAUAUGGCGGUUGCUGGUCAGGCAUCUCCCCUCUUCUUGGGUCUGCUGUCUUCUGCGUUUGUGACUCUGUUGUUUAAAAUUUAGGGCCGUUGGGGCACUGAAGAGGAACAAAGAAAGGAAACAAGUGAAAGGGAAAAAAUCGAAAGGAGAGCGAGAUGCAUCUCUCCUUUCUGGGAAAGAUGAAGUGAGAGAAAUGAAAUUUAUCAAGUACCCCAUCACUGUGAGGGAUAGAAGAAAACAAAACACACACACACACAACAAAUAUGCAUUUGUUUCUACAGCCAUCGAUCUUCACCCUCCAUUUCAGACACUUCCAGUCGAACUUGUUAUUUGACACAACUGAAAAGACAGAGGGCUUUAAAAGGUUAACUGCAAACAACAUCCCCCUCCCCCCCACCUCUGCGACUUAUUAUACCACCACCAUUUUAUUUCUUGAGCCAACUGGACUUUUCGAGAUCCCAGUGGCACCGCCCUGGAAUGCUUGUUCCAUACAGGUGGUUUUUGGGGGGAGUUCUGGGAUUGUCGUGUUUGUUUUUUCUCCCAUUUUUCUUCUGCUGUUGUUUGGGGCGAGAAUUUCAGCAGUCCGUCUGCAUUCCUGGGCUUCCUUUUUUGCUUAGUUCAGGCUGGGCUGAGAAUCUCCUGUGCAAACGGAAUUAUUUCCUGACUUCCUUCAAAUGGAUUUGUGUUGUCAGCUUAGACGCACCCUGGGCCGGUCAGCUCGGAAGUCAGGAACUCGGCCAGCCCAGCCAUACAGCCUAGGAACCAAACACGUCUCCUUAUUUUGGCAGCGUGAAGAAGCCUGCCUUGAUUUCUGCUCACCCUGUGAAAGGCCAGCACUGGGACUCAAACUCGCAGCCCUUCAACAUGACGCUGCUUCGGGGUCCUUAGAAGAACUUGCAUGUCAGUGAAUUGAGUUUGCUCAGUUUUUGAGGCAUGGCAUAUAUCCACCCCUUCAAAAAUAGGGGUAAGAACGGAAGGCCCUUGCUGAUGAGGUUGGUCACCAGGUAAUUUUUUGUUGUCUAUAGGAUGAAGCAAGGAAGAGGGUGUGGCCGGUCUGGGAGACUCUACUGCUGUGUGUCACAGCAGGCAAUGCUGAAUGUAGAAGUACCCGGGGGGAGUCUCUGGGUUGCAAACUGGCAACCCUGAAGAUGCAGUCUCCUUUUGGGCUGGGGAAUUGUCCUUGCUUUUUACGUCGAUGGUUUCUUCAUUGGUUGGGAUUACAUUUUUCCUCUUGAAAAAUCGUUACGUGGGAUAUCUGCCAGCUUCUUAAAUCAAUGACAUUUGUUUGCACUUUCACAAAAUAUUUUCCCGGUGAUUUCCCUAGCGGUGACGAUUCCCACCCACCCCCACCCCCCAUUUAUACCUUCUCUCUAUAUAUUUGUUGAACAAAAAGAUUGUGCACUUGAAACCUUCCAUAUUUAUGUGUCUCUCUUCUUGGAUUUUUCUUUGUACGCCUCGUACUAUUCUAAAGUUAUUGUUAUUCAUUGCACCUUAGAAACUCCUGACUUCAAAAUCCAAAUGCA